AUGGCGGCCGCAGUCUCCGGCGUGGUGCGGCGGGUGGAAGAGCUCGGGGACCUGGCUCAGGCCCACAUACAGCAGCUCAGCGAAGCCGCGGGUGAAGACGAUCACUUUUUAAUUCGGGCCUCUGCAGCUCUAGAAAAGUUGAAGCACUUGUGUGGAGAAGAAAAAGAACAUUCAAAUCCAUCAAAUCUUCUAGAACUUUAUACACAGGCUAUUUUGGACAUGACCUAUUUUGAGGAGAAUAAGCUAGUAGAUGAAGAUUUUCCUGAAGAUUCUUCACAGAAAGUAAAAGAACUGAUCAGUUUUCUUUCAGAACCAGAAAUUUUAGUUAAGGAAAACAGUGUACAUUCAAAACCUUGUGAUUUGCUUGGGGACGAGUUACUGGAAUGCCUCUCUUGGAGGCGAGGAGCCCUGCUCUACAUGUAUUGUCAUUCUCUGACUAAGAGAAGGGAGUGGCUCUUGAGAAAAAACAGUUUGCUUAAAAAGUACCUUGUUGAUGGAAUCAAUUACUUGCUGAAGAUGUUAAAUUAUCGUUGUCCUAUCCAGUUAAAUGAAGGAGUUUCUUUCCAAGACCUAGACACAGCUAAAUUACUAAGUGCAGGAAUAUUCAGUGAUAUUCACUUGCUGGCAAUGAUGUACAGUGGAGAAAUGUGCUACUGGGGAUUGAAGUAUUGUGCAGAUCACCAGCCAGAAAAUCAUGAAGUGGAUACUGGUGUUUCUGGAGCAAGCUGCACUUCACACAAAGAAUCCUUGGAUUUCCGAGAAGUAGGAGAAAAAAUUUUGAAAAAGUAUGUAUCCGUGUGUGAAGGACCCCUGAAAGAACAAGAGUGGAAUACAACCAAUGCAAAACAAAUUUUAAACUUCUUUCAGCAUCAAUGUAACUAGUAGUUUACCUAAUUCUUUUUAAUCAGAAAGACAAGAAGACCUAUGAAAUAGAAAAUAAGGGUUCAAAAGAGAUACUGCCACUAAUUUUGAAAAAGAUUCACACUUCAGAAA